UAUGAUGAGAGGUCAAAAGGAAAAUAACACACCCGAUAUAGUAGAAGCAAUUAGAUCACAUGAUCGUGAUAGGAAACAGCGAAUGUUAGCUGAGGAGACACAAGAAGAACGUGAAGCUCGUCUUACUCGUAGAAGAUCCUUAUAUCAUCAAAAUAAAGCAAAAGAAACUGAUGAGCAACGAACGUGCCCUAGAGACUUUAACGACUUCUCAAAACGCGUCGGAUGUACAUGA